CGUCGGGCGGUGACGUCAUCGCGGAAGGGCAAGGGCGCCCCGUACGUGUGCGGCCUGUGCGCCAAGGAGUUCAAGAACGGCUACAACCUGCGGCGCCACCAGGCCACGCACGGCUCCGCCCCCAGCGCCGCCAAGCGCCCCCCCGCGCCCCUCCCCCCCUGCUGCCCCUCCCCCAGGACCUCCUGGAGGCCGCCCAGCACCCAAGGAGGUGGCGGCGAGGAGGGGACAGCGGGUGACAACGCCGCGACGGCGGCGGCGGCGGGGGACGAAACGGCGGCGUCGUCGGCGGCGUCGCGGAAGAGCCACGCGUGCGACACGUGCGGGAAGGCGUUCCGCGACGUCUACCACCUGAAACGGCACCGGCUGUCGCACACGGACGAGCGGCCCUUCCAGUGCCCCGUGUGCCAGCAGCGCUUCAAGCGCAAGGACAGGAUGGCCUCGCACGUCCGCUCGCACCAGGGACACGUGCACAAGCCCUACGCCUGCGGGCACUGCGGGAAGAGCUUCUCCAGGCCGGACCACCUGAACAGCCACGUCCGGCAGGUUCACUCCACCGAGCGGCCCUUCAAGUGCCAGACGUGCGAGGCGGCCUUCGCCACGCGGGACCGGCUGCGGGCGCACGCGGUGCGGCACGAGGACAAGGUGCCGUGCCACGUCUGCGGGAAGCUGCUGAGCGCCGCCUACGUCAGCGACCACCUGCGGGUGCACGGCCCCGCCCCCCGCGGCCAGCCCGCCGCCAGAGGUUCCGGCUGCCCCGCCCCCUCCCCAAGCCCCGCCCCCGCCCCUCCCCCACCCCUGGACGGGACCCCCGGGGGCAGCCAGGGCUGGUGAGGGGGGCGGAGCCAACCUCACCCCUCCCCCACCCCCCAAACCCCUCCCCCACCCCUCAAGCUCCGCCCAUUUUCCCUUCAAGCCCCGCCCCCAAAUGGGGGGAGGGGGAAGGGCGGGGCGGGGCCAACCAAUAAACAAAUUGAGCUCCAA